AUGGCAGAGAACCCGAACGAAGAAAAAGAAACCGUCCGAGUGACCUCCUGCUGCUGGUUAAGCAACAGAAAGAUAGGCAGCCUGAACAGGAACAAGAAUAAAGGAAAGGACGGUUCCGGUGGGGGGACCCUAAUACAGGUGCCCAACUUUAACAUUUGUUUAACCUCCCUAAGUUUGCCAAUUAUAAAGUUAAAAAAUGACUUGGAGCGCAUCAGCGAAAAUAAGCAGAUUAAGCGGUUAAGGGAGAGCAGGGGGGGCCAGAAGGGGCGCGCGAGUGCGAGCGGUUCGUUCAACAGGAAGGCAGACGCAGAAGCGGAGAUGUGCCAAACGUUUGAAAGGUGUGGGACAUUUGAGAGGCGCGGGCCAAAGCAGGGGCGCCCCACGAACGAUGAUGAAGUGUGCUCCAUGCUGCUUCGCAGCAAGGCCUUCAACGAGACCUGGAGAGUUCUGAACAGCUACAUGAACUGCUUUGUUUACAACUACGUUAACGAAAUGGUCGAUAGGGAAAUAAAUUUCCUGAACAAGAACUUGUGCCUGCGGGAGGACAAGGUGUCCCUGCUGAUCGUGAAGACGCAGACUUGCCCCUUCGUGAAUCUGCUGCAGUACCGGGCGCUCGCUCAGAAGCUGAAGGAGGUGAACGGGGAAGCGGCGGGUGAUCGCGGUGACCGCGGAAAAGCGGCAGAUGGGCGUGACGACGGCAACACGUUCACCUACAAAACGGUUGACAACCGAGUGCUGACCUACACACUGCUGCGAAAGCGGAGGCACAUCUCGUCCUGCAUCGUCAACGUGUACACACAGGACAGCGUGGAAAGCAUACUCAUCAGAAUAAUAAAAAAAAUAUACCGCAAAAGUUUCCAAAAAAUUGACAAAAAUAAUAUGAACGAAAUGUUUCAAAAAGCAGUGAAAAGGAAAAGAGAAGUACUCAUCAUAUUUAUAAAAAAUUACAUCAAAUUAAAAUCUUCCAUUUUUACUGGACUCCUCCUUUACCUCCUACAUUUGAAGGAAAUUAAUUCAAUCAGCAUAAGUGUUGUCAUAACAAGUAAUUGUACCCUUUCCGCAUUAAGCAAUUUGGAUUAUUUCGUAAAAAAAAAUGUGCACGUAAAUAUCUGCAAUUUGUACGUAAAUUAUUACCGCUUGAUCGAAAAUAUAAUGUUCCAUCCAUUUUUCAAUAACGUCUUGUUUAAGUUGAAAGAGUAUUAUGCAAUUAUUGAGCAUCUUUUCUUUCUUAAUCAUAAUAUGAGUUUCCUUCAAGUGAAAUAUUUUUUCUACAUGUUCGUGCGAGAUUUUUUUGACAAAAAAAUUUUGUCCUUUCUGAAUAUCCCCUUGAUUUAUUUUUGCAAACUUCGCAAAGGGGCGGAGCACCUGCGGGACCCCUGUCCAGAGGGAGGAGAAAAAUACACCAAAAAGUUUAGCACUUUCCAGGGGGAAUUCUCCAGCUAUCUGAGCGAACUGCACGUGGGGGACCUCCGCCAGAAGUUUGUGCUGCUCCUCUACGCCAGCAACUUUUAUGAGGCGCACAUUGGCCAUUUGAAGUCCAAGGGCAGGCACCACACGAUCUACCUCAUGAGCGAGGGGGGGGGAAGUCAUACUGCCAGGGGUAACACCACCUGUGAAGACCCACAAAGGGGGGAGGGAAACCCACCAAGUGAGCAAAAUGACACCCCUCCCAUGGAGAAAAGGAAAGGCCAAGAAAAACCCACCACAGGGAAGGGGAAAAACAAAAGAGCGCUACCCACCGAGGGGGAAAGUAACCACAUCGGUGAGAUGCCCCAUCCGACAAGCAAAGAACUUUCCAAAAAGAGGAAAAUAAAAAGUGACUUCUUUUACAGCUGCGUGGGGUAUCUCAAUUUUGCGAAAAGUGAGCGGGGGGAGGAGAGCCACCAAGGGGGGGAACACACCACUCAAAGAAGUGGCGAAAAGGAAGGCACUAUGCAGAAUGGCGUGUCCCCUAUGUGGAACCACCCAAAUGGUAGAAGUAAUUUUCCAAAUGGGGAAAAGAAAACCCUGCACGAAGUAAUUCAACUGAUGCAUAGGGACUCCAUGAGGAGGACACUCAAGCCUAGUGACCAUUUGCGGAGCUGCUUUUUCCAAAAUUACACUUCGCGUACUAACUUGGCGGAUAACUUGGCGGAAUGUCUCUCCCCCAUGAACAGAAUAAUGAAGAAGGAUUUCAUGGAGGAGUGUGACUGCCUGAAAGUGUUUGUCAUAAGCAACCUCGUGGAGCACAUGAAGGUGGAGCACAGCUUCGACAGCCUGGAGGUGCUGAAGAAGGAGUGGAAAGAUAACGAGUACUGGAAGAUUCAGCAGUACGAAAAUGUGCUGGCGCGAAUGGAGAGAAAAAGUCAGAGCGGUAAGGCGAGCAGCAGGCGUGGUGAAAGGGGCGGCCAAAAAGGCGGCCAAAGAGACGGCCAACGAGACGGCCAACGAAGCAGCGAGGGGGGAGAACCCCUCCCGCGAGUGGCCCUCCUCUACCUGCACAAGUGCCUUGCCAAAUCGAUCAGCAAAAGAAUGAUCGCGCUUUUGUACAAAAAAAAAAAAUACAACAUAUGUCUUUCCAUUGUCAACGUGAUUUUGAAAAACCUCCCCGCGUACUCCUCCCUGAGGAAAAGAGUGCACACUCUGAAGGAGCUAUUUAAAAAGUACGAGCAGAAAUUUUUCAUUUACAAUGUAAAGGACCUCACCAAGGCAAACGAAGAAAUUGAAAAAGAAUUUAAACAAAUGCUAAAUGCAAUUUGUGACAUUUUAAUAAAUCUCUACAUAGGCAAAAUUAAUGUGUUAAAAAAAACCCUAAAUGAAAUUUUGACUUUUCUGGAAAGCGUCGCGUAUGUUAUUAAAUUGGAAAAGUACCUAAAUGAGAGGGACUUUUCUGGAUUAAAUUUUGAAACGUUUGUAAAAAAACUGCACGUUUUAAUCCUCUUCUUUGAUUUCUCUAUCAAUUUGAAGAAAAAAAAAUGGGAAAAUAACCCCCCCGCGAAUGAGCAGCAGAGGGGAAAUUCCCACGCAGACAGGGACUUCCCAUUUGGGGGAAGCAAUUCCUAUUCACCAAUAGCCACGCAUGAUGGAGAAAUGCACAAAAUGGGGACCCCCCUGAUGUGUGAGGGGGCACAUGGAAAGGGGGGGAAAGCCGACCAACACAGCGACAGCACCAGUGUAGAACAGACAAACCAAAGUGAUUACACACAAAGCAGUACCAACUGCACUGGGAUGAAGACCCAUUUGGACGGCUCCCCCCAGGGAGAGAGUGAAAAUGAUAAAGUGGAGAAGCUGCUGAUCACAAUGAGCGACUCGGGUAUGGACCUGACUCUGCUCGAAUUUGUCUUCACCUUUUUUGGCGAACUGCUGUACUUCCUCCUGAUGCCUUGCGUAUUUUUACUCCCCUUGGCAAGCACAUGCAUCGCUCAUGACCAUUCCCCUGACGCACAGGAUUUACUAAACAAAAAUUUGCGAAUGAAGCUGCUGCACGUUCUUUACCAUAACAAGUUGGAACUAAAAGAUUUGAACGGCCCCAGCUGCUCUGGCUCAUCAAAGUUCUGCCCCUCUAAUGAGGCAAACAAUUGUGCAGUUGAAAGAAGUGAGAGGGGUGGGGACCCCCAAGAUUUGGCAGACCAGCUAGCCAAGAAAAAAGCCAAAGGGGAAGUCCCCCUCCCCUGCGAGGUGUUGCAAAACGGGGGCCAAAUGGAGGACAUGGUCAUCAUGUUUCACAUUGUGCAGAACUUGAACGCCAGGCACCUGAACGUGUGCAGCAUGUUCGUUCAGUAUGUCAAUGUGAAGUUGAACUUGAGCGGGGGGGGCGCAGAAAGCAGCGGUGGCGGAACAGGCGGCGAUGAAGGGGAAGGCGGGGCAGGCGGAACAGGCGGAACAGGCGGCCAUGGUAAACGCCGCGGAAGCAGGCGUGACCGCAGUAGCGCCAUUCAGGGCAACCCCCAUCGAGGCAGAACACCCGCGCGCGAAGCGGCCAACCUCCACUGCGAGUCCUUCCAAGAACUGUUCUACAAUUUCGUCAUUGCGACCAUGUCCCUUUUUUAUUAUUUGAAAAUCAUUCACAUCCCAUCCUCCUUUGUGAAGGGGAAGGACGAGGCACAGGUGUCUCCAUCAUUCAGUUGCAGAGAGAGGGGCGCCAGCAGCGCCGACAAAGAGAAUCGCACGAUUUAUGCGAAUGCUAAUGGGGACUCACCAAGCGCACAACGCGAUCAGAAGGGUGCGAGGGUGUUGAGCACGUCGGGGGGGGGGCGACCAACAACCGAUGAGGAGGCAGCCACACACCCAAUGCCACACGCGAACGGAGAAGCCGACCAAAAAUACAAAAAUUAUAUACUAGACAUGUUGGGGAGCAUCAACAUAAGGAGGCUGAUAUACGGGCGGGGGUACGCCGCCUGA